GAGUCUGGAGAAGAAGAGAAGAAGGUUUUUCUGGCUGCCUCGCGUUUAAAAUUCCAAAAGGGUAAGGGGUGAUAUCAAUAAAAACGCUGUAGAGAUCAAAACAAAAUUAGAUAAACAUGUCCAGAACAUUAAAGAAGAAGAAACACUGGUCCAGUAAAGUGGUGGAGUGCGCAGUGUCGUGGGGAAACCUGGGGGACUUCGGCUCUGUGGUGGAGGUUCUGGGGGGAGCUGAGGUGGGACAGUUCCCGUACCUGGGCCAGAUGAAGCUGGACGUACUCGUGUGUCACGUCGGGAAGCUGCCCUACUACGGGGACGUGCUGCUGGAGGUGAACGGCACCCCGGUGAGUGGACUUACAAACCGCGACACUCUGGCUGUCAUCCGUCACUUCAGAGAGCCCAUCCGCCUCAAGACCGUCAAACCUGGAAAAGUUUUGAACUCGGACCUGCGUCAUUACCUCAGCCUGCAGUUCCAGAAGGGCUCUCUGGACCACAAACUCCAGCAGAUCAUCCGGGACAACCUCUACCUUCGCACCAUCCCCUGUACCACACGACUCCCUCGUGAUGGAGAGGUUCCGGGGGUGGACUAUAACUUCAUCAGUGUGGGAGACUUCCGGAUCCUGGAGGAGAGUGGACUUUUACUGGAGAGUGGCACGUAUGAUGGUAACUACUAUGGGACCCCGAAGCCUCCAGCUGAACCCAACCUGGUGCAGCCUGACCUCGUGGACCAGGUUCUGUUCGAUGAGGAUUUUGUCAGUGAUGUCCCCAGAAAGCGCACCACAUCGGUCAGCAAGAUGGACCGUAAAGACAGCGCCGUCCCAGAGGAGGAGGACGACGAGGACCGCCCCCCACUACUCAAUGGUCUGCCCGAGCUCAAAGAUGCUGCAGACUGGAGGAAAACUGUGCCCAGUUACAACCAGUCAAGUGGGAACAUGGACUUCAGGACAUGGAGCUCUCUGCCCCGUGAUGACAGCCUGGAGCCUCUACCUUACAACUGGGAGAUGGCUUACACCGAGACGGGCAUGGUCUACUUCAUAGAUCACAAUACGAAGACCACCACAUGGCUGGACCCUCGCCUGGCCAAAAAGGCAAAGCCGCCUGAGAAGUGUGAGGACGGAGAGUUACCUUAUGGAUGGGAGGAAAUUGAUGACCCACAGUAUGGCACAUAUUAUGUUGAUCACAUUAACCAGAAGACCCAGUUUGAGAACCCAGUCCUGGAGGCAAAAAAGAAGCUCAACCAGGAGACUCUCAAAAAAGCCAAGGCCGCGUCAUCCCAAGGUAAAGGGGGGUCAGUGGGCUUCACGGCAGACCCCAGUGAGCUGAAAGGAGAGAUGUACCACACAGCUCUGAAGAAGAGCUCUCAAGGUUUUGGCUUCACCAUCAUCGGAGGAGACCGCACUGACGAGUUUCUGCAGGUCAAGAAUGUACUCAGUGAUGGACCAGCUGCACUUGACGGCAAGAUGACUUCUGGUGAUGUGAUUGUGGAGAUCAAUGGACUCUGUGUUCUAGGGAAAACCCACCCAGACGUUGUCCAGAUGUUUCAGUCUAUCCCCAUAAACCAGUACGUGGACAUGGUUCUCUGCCGCGGAUACCCUCUGCCUCCUGAUGUGGACCUAACCAGUGAUGACCCUCUCCCCCCUCCUCCUCCCCCUCCCUCGUCCCAGCCGCAGCCUGCCCUCCACGGGGGAGAAGUGGUCACUGCCGUGCCCCUCAUAAAUGGACAACCUCUGCUGGUCAAGGGGGAUGUUCUGCAUGGUUCCUCUCAAGAGCUCCACUACGUCACCACGGAUGCCAGCGGUCGCCCCGUGGUAGCCGCCAUGUCCAACGGGAGACAGGGGGACAAUGCUGGGACAAUGCUUCAGCCAGAGCUGGUCAGUGUCCCGUUGGUCAAGGGACCCGGUGGGUUUGGGUUUGCCAUAGCAGACUGCCCGCUGGGUCAGAAGGUGAAGAUGAUUCUGGACGCGCAGUGGUGCCGCGGACUGCAGAAAGGAGAUGUGAUUAAGGAGAUCAACAGGCAAAACGUACAGACUCUGAGCCACGCACAAGUGGUAGACAUUCUCAAAGAUCUACCGGUGGGCAGUGAGGUCAAUGUGCUAGUGCUGCGAGGAGGUCAGACCUCGCCUGUGAAGAGUCUAAAGCCAAGACAGGAGAUGACGGCCAGCACAGAGACUCUGGACAGUGUGGUAGACUCUGCCCCUCAGGCCUUACAGUACCACUCCAACACAAGCACCCUCCGCUCCAUAGACUCCCCAAAACGGGACGCCCAAGAGACGUACCUCAAGUCUAAAGCCCUGUUGGACAGCAGACAACCUCACACCAAAGACAUAGAUGUUUUUCUAAAAAGAGAUAUUGAGACUGGCUUUGGCUUUCGAGUUCUUGGAGGAGAGGGUCCUCAACAGCCGAAUGUGUUUCCCCAGGUUUACAUUGGAGCCAUUGUCCCAAAUGGAGCCGCAGAGAAGGACGGGCGCCUGAGAGCGGGCGAUGAGCUCAUAGGUAUUGAUGGCGUCAUGGUGAAGGGACGAUCGCACAAACAGGUCCUGGAUCUGAUGACCAACGCCGCUCGCAAUGGACACGUGCUGCUGACCGUACGCAGGAAGGUCAUCUACAGAGAUGCCACUGAGGAGGAGAUGAGGGAGAUGACUCCAGUCCUGGUCAAUGGUUCUCCCAAACUACCUCACCUGCCCAUGCCCAACGCCAUCGACCAUGAGUCCUUUGACAUAACACUACACCGCAAAGAGUCCGAGGGCUUUGGCUUUGUCAUCCUCACGUCCAAGAGCAAACCGCCACAUGGAGUCAUACCACACAAGAUUGGGCGUAUAAUCGAGGGCAGCCCCACUGACCGCUGUGGCCUGCUCCAUGUGGGGGACCGGAUCUCUGCGGUGAAUGGCCGCUCCAUCAUCGAGCUCUCACACAGCGACAUCGUCCAGCUCAUCAAGGAGGCGGGGCAUGUGGUCACCCUCACUGUCAUACCAGAAGAUGAAUAUAAAGGACCUCCAUCAGGAGCCAGCUCAGCCAAACAGAGUCCAGCACUUCAGCACAGAAGCAUGCUCCAUGGUUCAACCUUGGACUUGGAAGACAAAAUCGACAGCCUCACCUGGUCGGAUCAGAAAGCCGGAGAACAGGGGGCAUUGUGUGUUACGGGUCCAAACCAGGGCUGUCUGACCAUUGAGCUGGAGCGGGGUCCCCGGGGUUUUGGCUUCAGUCUCAGAGGAGGGACCGAGUACAACAUGGGGCUGUACAUUUUGAGGCUGGCUGAGGAUGGACCUGCUCAGAUGGACGGAAGAAUCCAUGUAAGUGACAAAUCCCCUCUGCAGCUACCUGCAGCUAGUAUCUGCGCACAUGAACCCGUCACGCCCUCUCCACACCUCCACUUCGCCAUAGAAGGACCAUGCAAAGUGACUCGUGAAUGA